UGCGCGCGCUUAUAAAGCACGCACAAGCCGAGCCGUCUCAUUGGCUGAGUGUGAGCUCGCGGAGUCGCAUCUCCAGCCGCUUCCCGCCGCUCACGGUUUUCCUCCCGGAUACUUUGACCGACGCGACACACGGGCAUGCUGGGCACCGGCGAUUUUCGGGACGCUUCCCGCGGUGAAGGCGCGAGACUACGUGGCGAGACCGAGAGGAAGCGCUUAUCUCUGCGAAUCACACAGGAGGAAGGACGCAAGUAUCGUCGCUUCUGCAACCACAGUGGUGGAGGACUGGGAGGACUGAAGAUGGAGAGAAACUGCCAUCAGCUGAGUGAGAUAGAAGAAAAUGCCUUGCUUCAACAGGAACAGCAGCUGCUAAUGGAGAAGAAGGCCAUAAUAAUUCAGAGGGCCUGGCGUACUUUGUUGGAGCGCAAACAAGGCUGGCAGGAGGAGAACCGCAUAAAUCAUUUUGAGAUGGUGUCACAGGAAGAUGCCCUUCCCACUAACCUUCCUACUGAAGAGCUGGGUCAAAACCUCACGCUGGACAAGCUAAAGACACUGCAGAGCAUGAAGCUCAUCACUGAUGGAGGAUACCCAAUGCAAAACACCCAGCCUGCUUGGCAAGACUUCCUGCAAGGACAGGAUAUCCUGGAGAAGCGAAGCCCUUCCCCUCUCUCACUCUCUUCCUCAGACAAGAUGAGCACAUCAGUGAGCAUGACCACUCUAUCAGAUGGCUGCACCCCUGAUGAAGGACGCAAGUAUCAUCGCUUCUAUGAUCACAGUGGUGAUGGACUGGGAGGAUUCAAGAUAGAGAAAAACCACCAUCACCGGAGUGAGGGGGAUGAUAAUGCUGCGCAUCUACAGGAGCAACAGCUGCUGAUGGAGAAGGCCAUACUUAUUCAGAGGGCCUGGCGAACUUUGUUGGAGCGCAAACAAGGCUGGCAGGAGGAGCCAAAGAACCGCAUAAAUCAUUUUAAGAUGGUGCCACUGGAAGAUGCCCUUCCCACUAACCUUCCUACUGGAGAGCUGGGUCAAAACCUCACACUGGACGAGCUAAAGACCCUGCAGAACAUCAGUGAUGGUGGAUACCCACUGCAAAACAUCCAGCACUCCUGGGGGGACUUUCUGCAGAGACAGGAUAUCCUGGAGAAGAGGAGCCCCUCCCCUCCAUCACUUUCUUCUUCAGACAAGAUGAGCACUUCAAUCAGCAUGACCACCCUGUCAGACGGCAGCACCCCUGAUUACCGGGAGGACGGUAUGGACUUGGCGAGCGACGCUUCAAGCCGCUCGGGCUCCGAGUCCAACUCGAACUCCAACAAGGUGACCCCAUGCUCGGAAUGCAAGUCCUCACCGAGCCUGGAGCUGGCCGCCCUGGAUGACUACGAUGAGGAGGACGAGGAAUUCCAGCAGUACAAGAAGCGUGUCAUCGAGGACUGGGAAAGCGAGUAUGAUGCUGAUAACCAGAAUGGCCAGGACAGAACCUUGCGGAAGGCAGUAAACAGUCGCAGCCUGGCUGAGGAGCUCCAGGAAGUCAAGAGUUCUCCAGCCACUGCGUCUGAGGAACUCAAGCAGAAUGGCAACCUGAUCCUGCCCAGGAAACCCCAGGCCAAGGUCAUUCCCAAGAGCCCUGGUACAGGUGGAGGUGGUGGUGGAGGGGGUCUGGGAGUUGGAGGUACAGGGUUUGAGGGGUGUAAUCGCCUCGGGGGUUACAGAGAGGACAGUGUGGUGGAGGAGAGUCAGCUUCCCACCAUGGACUGGGCGGCACUCGAGAGGCACCUGGCUGGAUUGCAGUUCAGGGAGCAGCAGGAGAACCACAACAGGAACCUGGGAAGGACCAACUCCAUGAACGAUGCUGCCAGACAUAAAAUACCUACAAGGCACAAAAAAGAGGAUCUGGUUUCAGAUGAUAAAAAAAACGCAAAGUCGGUGAUACAAAGUAUUCUCUCAUUACACAGUGAUGACAUCACCACUAUCACAUUGCAAUGCAAAGCAUCAGCCUUACAUCACUCGCUCGGAUCAGAGGCGGAGGUUCUGUUCCCAAAAAAAAAGGUGAAAAUGCAACAAAAAAAGUGAAUAAAUCACAGUCACACACAAUAACAAAUAACAAAUAACACCUUGUCACCCUAACAUUAACAGUUCACCAUGUUUUGAGUUGUUAUGACGCUUAACAUCACAUCACAAUAUUAACAAAGAAAAAAAACCUUUCGCAAAAUGCUGUUUUUCUGCUUAUAAGGUAGUUUAAUCCCAGACUGUUGUUUGGUUAGAUAAUGGUCAGAAAAAGAGAAAGAGGAGAUGGUGUAAGGUUAAUUCGGAAGAGUUUUAGGAUUGUAGGAAUUGUUUUUGGGAUGUGACAAUAAACCAGUGUGAUCUCUUACUGUAAUAUAAAAGGUGAUUUCCAUGUUAAAUAUUAGACGUUAAAUGUAUUUGUUUGAUAAUUAUAUGUAUGUAUGACAAAGCCUAACAAGGAAAUACAGUCAUUGAUGUAAUUACCAUAAUUCUGUCAACUAUCAUUAACCAAAUAAACAAAAACAAACUAAAGAAAGAUACGCAUGAACUAAGUAUAGGCCAGAACCAGCAAACCUAUAGAUUUGCACUUGCAUUUACAUAAUAUUUUAGUGCAAGCUAUUCCAGAGUUUAGGAAUAGUUUGAAUAUUAGCUAGAGAAAGUGGUAUGUGACUGUGUCAGAGGCUCAGGCUGCAGGAGGCCAGCUCAUUCUCCAGCAAAAAAAAAAAAAGAUAUAAUCUGAUAUGAAGAUAACCAGAUAUUAGCUACAGUUUGUGAUUUUUCAUACUGUAGUAAUAGAAAGAUUGAAGCUAGCAGGUUUUAAAUACAAAACAUAUAGAUGGAUAAGGAGAGAGGGAGCAGUAGAGAAGGAGAAGACAAGGAAGCUGUCUUGAAUCAAAGCCCCCAGAUUCUCACAUCAAAGUCCUCCCAUGGGUUCAAGCCACAUUAACAUUCUGCAGAGCUCUGAGAAAGAGGGAGAGAAGAAAGACUUUCAGCUCAGCGCUCUCGUAUGGAGGCAGACAAUUUUCACGACACACCUGCCAAAAAUAGGCUUUUUUUUUUUUUCAAGCUGAGCAUCAGCUUCAACCCACUGUGAAAAUAUUUGUGUGCUUUAUAUCUGUCCUGACACAUGAGCUUUAGCGCUAUCACAUGUCACUUCUUUAGCAUUUAAACCCUCUGUAACCAGAUCAAACCUAUUUUCUGUUCAUGUACAGUUGGAUAUUUAAAUCACUGAUAGUCCUUAGUUAUUUUAAUCAGUUCUUGAUGGAGUCUUAUCAUUUUUCUUGUCAGAAAAUCAAAAAAUACAGUGAGUGCACAUACAUACAUCUACU